AUUAUCAUUAUCAUUUGUAUUAUAAUCAUUAUCAUCCUCAGUGGGCCUGCCAACUCGCAGUAAUUAUCUGCCAUCGGGGCAGACGUCCUCAGAAUCGGCUUUAGUUGUUCAGCAGUACCGCAGUAGUCUGUCAAGGCCCGUCGGCAUCGCAACAUCAUCGACACAAUGUGGCUGCUCCUGCCCAUUCUACUGUAUUCGGUGGUCUUCCUCACCGUACGCCACAUUUACAGCCACUGGCGACGCAGGGGAUUCCCCUCGGAAAAGGCCGGCAUAACAUGGAGUUUCCUGCAGAAGGCAUACAGGCGGGAAUUCCGACACGUGGAGGCCAUCUGCGAGGCCUACCAGUCGGGACGGGAUCGUCUGCUGGGCAUCUACUGCUUCUUCAGGCCCGUCCUCCUGGUGCGUAGUGUGGAGCUGGCCCAGACGAUUCUGCAGCAAUCGAAUGGACACUUCAACGAACUCAAGUGGGACUAUGUCAAGGGUUAUCGACGGUUCAAUCUGCUGGAGAAACUGGCACCCAUGUUUGGCGCUAAAAGAUUGUCCGAGAUGUUCGGGCAGGUCCAGAAAGUGGGUGAUCAUUUGAUUAGCCACUUGACGGAGCAGGAACAAAUACAAGGAGGUCAUUUGGAAUUGGAUCUUCAACAAAUAUUGGGAGUUUACUCAAUCAACAUCAUUGGCAAUCUCAUUUACGGCGUGGAUAUUAACAACUUUGAGCAGAAGGAUCACAUCUUGACCAGCUACCUGAGUCACAAACAGGCCUCUAUUCAAUCCUUCACUUUGGGUCGCCUGCCUCAGAAAUCCUCAUUUACCUAUCGCUUAAGGGAUCUAAUAAAACAGAGUGUGGAAUUAAGAGAAGAUCAUGGACUGAUACGAAAGGAUAUUUUACAAUUACUAGUCAGAUUUCGAAAUGGCAAUGAAGUUGGUGGCGAUAAAUGGCAGCUGGAAACGAAUAAUGAUCCAGAAAAACUUUUGUCUAUCAAACGCUUGGCUAAAGUGGCUGAGGAUCUUUUGAAGGCAUCCCUAGAGGCAGUGUCCUCUACCAUCACCUUUACACUCUUUGAAAUCCUGCAAGAACCUUUAAUUGUGGAGAAACUUCAAGCUGAAAUCAAGGAACUGAGCAAUGAAAAUGAGCAGCUAAAGUUUGAUGAGCUGGAUGGUCUAAAGUAUAUGGAAAUGUGUCUAAAAGAGACUGUUCGCAAAUACCCGCCUUUACCCAUUAUUGAACGCAUUUGCCGUAAAAGCUAUUCACUGCCCAACUCGAAAUUUACCAUAGAUGAGGGAAAGACUUUAAUGGUUCCUUUGCUGGCCAUACACAGAGAUGAAAAGUAUUUCAGUGAACCGAUGAAAUAUAAGCCUGUUCGAUUUCUGCAAUCUGGAAGUGAUGUGGGCCAAUGCAAAGAUAAGACUAAGAGCAAUGCUUUCAUAGGAUUUGGUAUUGGUGGAGCACAAUGUGUUGGUCAGAACUUUGCCAAGUUGGUAAUUAAAGUGGCGCUGAUCAAACUUCUGCAAAACUUUCACAUGGAAUUGGAUCCCAACAUAAUUGCAACCCUCGAAGUUUCACAUCAACCAGCUCCCUUUAUAAACACAAAGGAUGGACUAAAAGUCAAAUUGAAGAGACGCGAAAUAAAACCGAAAUUUUAUGGUUAAACUAAGGUUAGGUUAGGUAUGCUCUUUAAGCAGCUAAGUUCUUUAAUUUGUGCAUCUUUUUCAACACUUUGUCGUCUGUGCGCGACACCUGAAAUUAUGCUAUAAAUAAAAUUCAGUAUAUUAUGGCCACA